AUGGGUUGGACGACAGCGCCGCCGCAGCUCCAAAAGAUCACGCCGUUAUCCUCCAAAGUCCUGACCGGAAAAAUCUUUAAGUUGCUGGCGAUUUCUGGAAUAAUCGUAUACGUUAUCUACAUUUUACUCCCGAUUCAUCCGUGCUGUUACUCUUCCACGAUCUUCAACAGUUACUUGACCCACAGGCGUCACGCGGAACCCGACAACCUUAAUCGCCCCGCCGCCACGAACCUCAGCCACGUAGUGUUCGGAAUAACGAGCUCCGUGAAAACAUGGAAGAGCAAGAAAUGGUACGCGGAGUCAUGGUGGAGGCCGAACACAACGCGCGGGUACGUGUUCUUGGACGGGCCCCCGGGGCGGGGACGGUGGGCGGCGUCUUCGCCGCCGUUCAGGGUGUCGGAGGACACGUCGAGGUACAGAGCGUACGACAAGCACCCACUGAAGCACGCGAUCAGGAUGUCGCGUGCGGUGGUGGAGGCGUUCAGGGAGGGGAAGGAGGGGGCGCGGUGGUUCGUUCUGUGCGACGACGACACGGUGUUCUUUGUGGAGAAUUUGGUGAGGGUUUUGGGGAAGUAUGAUCACGGCGGCUACUUGUACGUGGGGAUGAACUCCGAGUGCCACACUUCCAAUUGGCUUUACUCGUUUGGCAUGGCGUUUGGCGGCGGCGGAUUUGCUCUCAGUUACCCUCUUGCGGAGGCGGUUGUGAAGAAUAUGGAUAUUUGUCUCCAAAGGUAUCCCACUCUCUAUGGAAGUGACCAUAUUUUGCAGUCUUGUGUGGCUGACUUGGGAGUUUCUCUCACUCAAGAAAAGGGAUUUCAUCAGAUAGAUCUGCAUAGUGACAUCUCAGGCUUUCUGUCAGCGCAUCCACAGUCUCCUCUGGUCACCCUCCACCACCUGGAUUUCGUGGACCCAAUAUUCCCCACCAUGGACCGCUACGAGGGACUAAACCAUCUGAUGAAGGCAGCAAAAGCAGACCAAUCCAGGCUACUGCAGCAAAGCAUAUGCUAUCACAGGCAAAAGAAUUGGACUUUCUCUGUAUCCUGGGGCUACUCUGUUCAUCUCUACGAAGCCAUCCUCCCCCAAAGCCUGCUGCGGAAGCCACUGCAGACCUUCACUCCUUGGAGCAAAUCUGCCACGCCCUUCUUCGUCUUCAACACCAGAAUCCCCUCCAACAAUCCCUGUGAGGCUCCCCACGUCUUCUUCUUUGACUCCGUGGAGAAUCGGGACUACAGCUUCAUAACCAGGUAUACCCAGAAGAAGAAGCGCGGCUUGCCGGCUUGCUCCCUUAACGGCACCCAUUCUGCGAGUCAUGUGCCUGAGAUUCGUGUUGUUUCGCCUUUAUGGGAACUGGACUGGGUGAGUAAGGCUGCCUCCAUUGCUUAA